GCUUAGCAGCUUAUACUACCUACAUUUUCAAGGAACAAUAUGUGUAGUUUUUAUAAUUACUUUUUUCCUUUCAUUUAUUCUGAUUGUGUUUACUGGAAUGAAAUUUUAUGUUUUCUGCAGCUAAUAAUUAAAAAUAGGGGCUUGUGAUCCAACGCAGGAGGCAGGAAGCGCUCUAGCUCGUGUCGACUCUCGGGGCGUGCGGAGGCGAAAGGGGAACCAGUAUGAUGGCGGAACAGGAUGUAGAAAACGUGCUUCUGGAUUAUGAGGAAGAUGAAGAGCCCCAGGCUCCUCCAGAGAGCACCCCAGCACCCCCCAAGAAAGAUGUCAAGGGGUCCUACGUUUCCAUCCACAGCUCUGGCUUCCGGGACUUUCUGCUGAAGCCUGAGCUCCUGAGGGCCGUAGGGGACUGUGGCUUUGAGCAUCCAUCUGAGGUUCAGCACCAGUGUAUUCCCCAAGCCAUCCUGGGCAUGGAUGUCCUGUGCCAGGCCAAGUCUGGAAUGGGCAAGACUGCAGUCUUCGUGCUGGCCACCCUACAGCAGAUCGAGCCCGUCAACGGACAGGUGGCUGUCCUGGUCAUGUGCCACACUCGGGAGCUGGCCUUUCAGAUCAGGAAGGAGUAUGAGCGCUUCUCCAAGUACAUGCCCAGUGUCAAGGUGUCCGUGUUCUUCGGGGGUCUUUCCAUCAAGAAGGACGAAGAGGUGCUGAAGAAGAGCUGUCCCCAUGUCGUGGUGGGGACCCCAGGCCGCCUCUUGGCACUCGUGCGCAACAGCAGCCUCAACCUGAGAAACGUGAAGCACUUCGUGCUGGACGAGUGUGACAAGAUGCUGGAGCAGCUGGACAUGCGGCGGGAUGUACAGGAGAUCUUUCGCCUGACGCCACACGAGAAGCAGUGCAUGAUGUUCAGUGCCACGCUGAGCAAGGAGAUCCGGCCCGUCUGCAGGAAGUUCAUGCAAGAUCCCAUGGAGGUGUUGGUGGACGACGACACCAAGCUCACGCUGCAUGGGCUGCAGCAGUACUAUGUCAAGCUCAAAGACAGCGACAAGAACCGUAAACUCGUCGACCUCCUGGACGUGCUAGAGUUUAACCAGGUGGUGAUCUUCGUGAGGUCGGUGCAGCGCUGCAUGGCCCUGGCCCAGCUACUUGUGGAACAGAGCUUCCCGGCCAUCGCCAUCCACAGGGCCAUGGCCCAGGAGGAGCGCCUAGCACGCUAUCAGCAGUUCAAGGACUUUCAGCAGCGGAUCCUGGUGGCCACCAAUCUGUUUGGCCGAGGGAUGGACAUUGAGCGAGUCAACAUCGUCUUCAAUUAUGACAUGCCUGACGACUCGGACACCUCCCUCCACCGGGUGGCCCGGGCCGGGCGCUUUGGCACCAAAGGCCUGGCUAUCACUUUUGUGUCUCAUGACAAUGAUGCCAAAAUCCUCACUGAUGUUCAGGGUAGGUUUGAAGUCAAUGUGGCGGAGUUUCCUGAAGAAAUGGACAUCUCCACAUACAUGGAGCAGAGCCCGUAACCACACACCUGACAUCCCCGAGCCACCCUGCUUCCCACGUGCUGCUUCAAGUCCUCUUUCUAGGCGACAGUGGGGCUUU